CUACUGUCAUCUCUAGAACUUCCUGCAUAUGAAAAGUUGCUGGAUUCUUGUGCCGUUGCUGCGUUCUUGUUUGCGUUUGAUCGGUGUACUUGAUGACUGUUUGUCGGUGUCUGCAUAGAGAGCAAGAGGUCCAACAAGCGGUGAUCUCGACUCCUGCCCCUCUCGGAUCAUGGCGCCUCCUGUACGAGCCGAAGUGACCUUGGUUUCACUGAAGAAUUGCUUGGUAAACUUGCCUCCGGGACUGAUCGCCCUAAUCAGCAACGCAAAUAUUCCGGCUCAAAAUGUCGUUGUCGAGCUACAAUAUCGGACCCAAACUCUCUCCACAGGCGCUGUCUCCAGCGGCAACAGUGCAGGAUUCCAGCGCUCUGCAUAUGUCGGAUGGACUGGCAUGCCUAGUCGUACUCGGCCGGCCUCCGUUCGUUCUGGCGGCAGGGAGCAGGAAGGUCAAUCAAUCGAGAUCGAUGGCACAUUUGGAAAGGUCCUUGGCCUUUCUGAGGGUCAAAAAGUUGGCAUUUUAAUCCAUCUAGACCCUCCAGUAGCUCACAGUAUCAACAUCGAACCUCUAACGCCGGCUGAUUGGGAGGCUAUUGAGUUGCACGCCACCUUUCUCGAGCUCAACCUUCUGUCCCAAAUACGAGCACUACCCAAUCCUGCUUUCAGCAACAAAGCUGCUGUUCAAGCUGAAACCAGUCACCCGCUAACGUUGCAUCUAUCACCGACUUCUACUGCUAACAUUGUCGUCACGUCUUUGACGCCGCCAGUUGCCAGCACAUCACCGUUUGCCAAAAUCGCUCCAGACGCAGAAGUCAUCGUUGCACCAAAGACUCGGCCACGGUCCAAUCGCAGUACACGAGGUGACUCAAGGAGCAUUGCAAGCAGACGCAGCGGCAAAAGUGGCGUCAGCAAUGCUCGCGGAUCAGGCUCACGGAAAGGGGCCAGGUCUGCCCUCUUCAUGCGCGGUAUUGAUCGCGUCUGCGCCCAUGCUUAUUUUCCCGAUGCCUCAAAUGCGUCUGUCAGCAAUAAACUAUGUGUGUGGCUCGGCAAAGACGCUAUUGCAUCCGAGGCUCUCAAAGCGGCAACGUGGGCGACCGUCACCAUCUUAAAGCCAGCAGGCCUACGAGCACAAUUAGACUCUACACAAGUCAACCAACUCAAGGAAGAAGAAAGCAGCGAGGUUGGAAGACCGGCAUCCAAGAUUGUGGCUCAAGUCCUCCCGUGGCCCAACCCUCUUGACGACAAACACGCAGUACUGUCCUCAUCCUUGUCUAGGAUGCUUGGAGUGGAAGGCCUUGUUGGCGAAAUCGUCCGCAUCGAAGCCGCCGAACCGCCGUUAUCGCGCUACUCGAUUCAAAAGUUUCAGUUCUAUCCAUUUUUGCCCUCUAACUCGAAGAAGAAAGAUGGCCUCAAGUUCGGUGGCGACACAAAGGCUGCAAAACAGGCCGUGGUCGAAAGGCUACGUGUAACCCUCGGUGGUGAAGAAAGCCUGCUAUUGGGCCCAAUCACCGAUGGCAUGAUUCUACCGCAGUCCGGGGAUGCCUCGUCGACUUCUUCCUUCGACGGAGGAAUUCUAAGGUUUCGCGCUCCAUCUAGCCGCGACGAGGAACGCAGCGAUUCCUGCUUAUGGGUUCUCGGGCAGGAGCAAGAGCAGGAGUUCGAUGUCAAAGACGAAAUCCCUCGACCUCUGAAUCUCACCACAAUGUUUCCCAGUUUCGCUCAUGGCAUAUCGGCCAAAGUGACUCACCUGGUAGGGGUCGAUGAGAUCUUGAAGCAAUGCAUGUCAAACUUGACCCUGUGUUCAUCUGUUCUCUUGACAGGAGGUGUGGGCUCCGGCAAAUCCUCUCUGGUGCAAAGUAUUGCUCAACAACUUCGGGAAGACUAUGUCUUCAAUGUAACAUACUUCUCAUGCCAGAGACUGGUCACGGACGAGACACGGGUAUCUACUGUGAAGGAGACUCUGACCCGACUGUUCAUGUCAGCCUCCUGGUGCGCCAGGCUUGGGGGACAAUCGGUGGUUAUCCUCGACGACCUGGACAAGAUCUGCCCUGUCGAGACAGAACUGCAAGUUGGAAACGAUAACGGCCGCAGCCGUCAGAUCACCGAGAUCCUGUGCGCCACCGUCCGACAAUACUGCAGUAUUCACUCUGGUGUCGCCCUCCUCGCCACAGCGCAAUCCAAGGAUGCGUUGCACAACCUCAUUAUCGGAGGCCAUGUCGUAGGUGAUAUCGUUGCCAUCAAGGCUCCUACGAAAGGGAUUCGACGCGACAUUCUGCACUCUCUGGUCGGCGACAAGUCCGAAACCAAGAACGGCCAUGCAAGAAACGAGAGCGACCAAAGUGUGUCAGAAAGCUCUUGGAUGGACCCAUCAGUUCCCUCAAGGCCAGGAUCGUCAUCUUCAUCACGACAAGAAGGAUUUCGGGUGUCACAUACCUUAGACUUGCUCGACGUCGCCGGUAAAACAGAUGGCUACAUGCCAGCCGACCUGGUGCUGCUUGCCUCACGAGCAAGGAGCGAAUCGCUCACCCGCAUACUUACUCAAAAUGACAACUCGGAUGCGCCACCAACGCUCACCAAAGCCGAUUUUGACGCUGCAUUGAAGAACUUCACACCAUCAUCCCUACGCAACGUCACAUUGACACGCUCGAGCACCACCUUCUCCGCCAUCGGAGGUCUGCACGCCACAAGAAACACACUCCUCGAGACACUCCUGUACCCAACGAAGUACGCACCAAUAUUCGCCCGAUCUCCCCUCCGACUACGCUCAGGUCUGCUCCUCUACGGCUACCCAGGCUGUGGAAAGACCCUGCUCGCCUCGGCUGUCGCUGGCGAGUGUAACCUGAACUUCAUCUCGGUCAAAGGCCCCGAAAUCCUGAACAAAUACAUCGGUGCAUCGGAAAAGUCUGUCCGCGACCUCUUCGAGCGCGCCCAAGCAGCCAAGCCGUGCGUCUUAUUCUUCGACGAAUUCGACAGCAUCGCACCCAAGCGUGGGCACGACAGUACAGGCGUCACAGACCGCGUAGUCAAUCAAAUGCUCACACAAAUGGACGGUGCCGAGGGUUUGGAAGGAGUGUACGUCCUGGCUGCGACUUCCCGUCCUGAUCUGAUCGACCCUGCGCUUCUCCGACCAGGUCGUCUGGACAAGAGUCUGUUAUGCGACAUGCCGGACAUGAACGACCGGCUUGACAUACUCAAGGCGGUCAGCGAUAAACUCAGCCUGACGCCGGAAGUCGAGAACCGUCUUCUCAGCGUGGCCCAGCGAACCGAGGGCUUCAGCGGCGCCGAUCUCCAGGCUCUAAUGUACAACGCCCACCUUGAAGCGAUCCACGAUUUGCUGGGCGAUAACAAGGCAGGGAGCGGGGACAAGGUAGGGCAGAGCAUGGCCAACGGCACGAAAGACGUCGGUCCCGGGCGGCGACGCAAGCGCCACACCGACAAGCACGACUUCAUCCAGUUUCUGUAUUCGGCCGAAGAGGAUGCCAAGGCGAAGAAAGUCCUGACAUCGUCAGCGACUGACUCCAAGUCCGCGAUAGCUGCGAAACUGGACGAGCUGAAGCUGGCGCGCAAGCGGGAGAAGGAGUCACUACGCAACAGUUAUGCGCGAGGCACGUCCAAGUCGUCGUUGUACGAUGGUGCAGAAAAUACCGGCAAUAACAGGGACGACGAUGGUGGCAAGGAAGAGGUGAUCAUCGAGUGGAGCCACGUUGAGAAGUCGCUGGCCACGACCAGGAGUUCGAUCUCGUCGGACGAGAGGAGGAGGUUGGCCGCUAUAUAUCGUGAGUUUGUGGUCGGGAGGAACGGCGAGAUGCCGAAUGGUGAGGGCGGCAGAGAGAUUGGUGGGAGGACGAGUUUGAUGUAGACAUGCUGUCCUGUAGAACUCGAUGUGUCAUUUGCGAAAAGCAUAAGGAAAAGUUCUUAACGAAUGUAAAGAAUAUUCAUAAGUCAACUAGAUAAUUGCUAGUAGCUAAUCUAGAC